AAUUGUCUUUAGUGGAGCGAAAUGUGAUUGAGUUUUUUCAAAGAUCCUUUUAACGUCGUCGGAUAUGAAUUCAGCUUAUCUUUUUUCAUUUCAUUCCAGUUCAUUUCCCGUUCUUCCGCUUUCUUUAUGGGCGCUACAUGCUGCAAACAGGAGGAAGUUGACUUUACAGGUGAAGUGGAAUUGAGCCAUUUCUAUCUUUUGCGUGUCAUUGGCAAAGGCGCCUUUGGCAAAGUACGGAUCGUUCAGCAUAAACAAACACUGUGUGAAUAUGCUUUGAAGUAUAUCAGCAAGGAACGCGCGAUUGAACUUCAGGCUACCAACAACAUCAUUGCCGAACGACGAUUGUUGCAACGGAUCGAAUAUCCUCUCAUUGUCAAUUUACGCUAUGCAUUUCACGAUGAAGCCAAUCUGUUCAUGGUGCUUGAUUUGAUGCUCGGAGGCGAUCUACGUUUUCAUUUGGACCGACAAGGUGCGCUUAGUGAACUUCAGGUCCGAUUUUAUGUCGCCGACAUUGCGCUGGCGCUUUAUUAUUUACAUCAACGCCGCAUUGCUCACAGGGAUAUCAAGCCGGACAAUAUCUUGCUCGACAGCAAAGGCCAUGCGCAUCUAAGUGAUUUUAACGUCGCAACCCAGUUUGACGAUGCACGUCCUUUGCGAUGGUCUUGUGCGGGCUCUCUGGCCUACAUGGCUCCGGAAAUUCUAGCUGAAAAAGGAUACAACACGACAGUUGAUUGGUGGAGCUUGGGCAUUUUGGCUUAUGAAUUAUUAUUUGACAAGCGUCCCUUUACUGGCACGACAAGCGAUGAAUUAAAACAGGCUAUCUUGCAGAAUUCCUUUAUGUUUCCGGAAAAUGUAGAGGAUCAAGUAUCACAAGCUUGCAUCGAUUUCAUAUCUGGGUUACUGGUCAAAUCGCCGUUUCAUCGACUAGGAUGUGGAGAGAACGGUUUCGAGGAUUUAAAGAAUCAUCCAUGGUUCGACGGCCUUGAUUGGCGGGCCAUGGAAACCAAGGAAGCUAUCCCACCUUUUAUGCCAAAUCCGGAAGAAAUGAAUUUUGAUGCCGUCCAUGAACUGGAGGAACUACUACUGGAGGAGGCGCCGCUAAGACCGCGAAAACGAAGCGUGAAACCAGUGAUCGAAUUAAGCAGUCCUCUAACGCGAGAUCAGAAAGAGCGACAGUUGAUGGACGAUAAGUUUCUUCCCUUCGAUUAUACCAAGGACACAUUGUCGCCUUAUACCCACACGAAGAUAGAAGCACCACGGUUAUUCCGAAGAGUAGGAGAUGUCAUUACUAAUCAUUACGACCAAUCCAGAUAUCGGGCCCAGGGUUAUGAAAGGACCGACAACCAAGAACAAGUAGAACUCAUACCCUGCGAUAUGCACGAUAAGCAAGCAUGAGACUUUCCUUUCGGAUGGCACAUAAUGCUGUGUUUCGAUUUAUAUAUGUAUUUUAUUCCUUAUUUAUGAUGUAACCAAGUUAAUAGUUACUAUGUAGUAAACGGCUACACCUUCAGGACACUGUCGAAGUGAAAGUAUUAUAUGGAUGAUAACAUGUAUCUGAAGUAGCCGAGAGAUUUUUUUUUGCACUUUUUGAACUUUGCAACGGUAUCGUUGGGCUGAUAACCAAAAUAAAAAGAUUCUAGAUACAUAAAGAGCAAUAAGGG